AUGCAAAUGUUUCUAAGAAGGGACUCAACCCACUGUGGCACAGGUACCAGCCAUGCUUCCUCUCUAUCUCCACGUUACCGACAUUGCUGUAAGGUGCCCUUUACUUUUUGGGCUUCAGUUCUGUGCAUCGUGUCGUCAACGUUUUUAUGCAGCAGUGGAGCUGCAUCACUUGUGUUACGACCUAACAAACCGCUGGUGAACGUACCGUUCAGUGUGGAAACGACGGACCAGAGUAUCAAAGCAGAUAUUUUCGUUUCGCGUAUGAGUACAUGUGACAAUACACAGAUCAUUGGCUCCAAGUGCAAAAUAUCCAAGAAUGCGCCAUGUAAUUUCACGGUUACGAGCAAUGAUGUGGGCAUUGACCCGUGGUACGAUACGAAAGUACGUGAAGUGUAUAUAUGUGCUGGUGAUGCGUUUCCCUCCCUUUCUUUGUCUGUGCAGCUGAGCCUUGUUGAAGCCAUACCACGCUAUUUGAAACGUGAUGUUGACAACACUAUUCGAUUCGGCGACGCAGUGCCUGUUGGAACCUUCAUUACAUUUCACCGCAAUGAAAACUGUGACGACGUGAGCAUGAUUCAAGGUCUGCCACCUGCCGAACUGGGUUCUAACCGGGAGGUGAGAGUGACACGGAGUGUCCAAAGCGUAAUUUAUCUUUGUGCUAAGGUACCCACGAGUGAUGGCAAAACUUUCGUCGUUCCUGCCUCUGUGUUACUUGCUGUGCCACGUUAUGACACGAACAACACUGAUGCACUUCGGCACACGAACGAAACAUUUCGCUUGGAGGCUGUAGGCAACCUCGUGUGGGCAACUUUUUCUCAGUCACCCCUAUGUGAUCCGAUCCUUCAGGACCCCGUGGGUGGGGAAACGUUGCAGGUUGUUAAUAUGGAGGUUUCUGUGCCUAAAGGUGACUAUUUUCUGUGUAAUGGUUGGCCCUACCACAAGGGUGGCAGGUUAUAUUCACCAUCUGAGAACAAGGUAACUGUUCGGGAGUACGGCGUUCAGCCACGGACCCUAUACAGUGGGUACGGGACUCGCAUUAAGUAUACAAUGGAUGCAGCGACUGCAGCUGCUAACGAUGUGAAGUUGGUGCUUGAUUUCUACAUGUAUUCCAACUGUACAGGGGCUGUGCGUGUGGAUGGUCCAUCAGGAAUCCAAUAUCGGGGCCCCCCAGUAAAGAAGCGUCGCUCGCGUUCGGAUGGGGGUGCAGUUGCCUUACCUGUUUCAGGUACGUACUACGCGUGUCUUGAGGGGAGCACGACUGCAUACCCCAAGGCGCGUGCGGCUGUUGUGACAGUUCUGCCGCCACCGACGGUAUCAUUUGAUGAAGCCAACGUGAUCAGUGGACUUGAUUUGACGGUUUUGUUGAGCGGCCACAAUGCGGGGCGGAGUGGUGUGAUAACGGUUGGUUUAUCGGUAACCCCGGAGUGUGAGGAACUCAACUCAAAAGGUGAUGUGAGAGUUGGCGCAAGUUCUGUCACGUUUCGAGUUCCUGAGGACGCACUCCCGAACAUGACUUUGUGUGUCGCGACUCCCUCAUCUGUCGACCUACAAGCGGACGAGGAACCUGACGAGGGAUAUACCUACCCUGUGAAGAAUAUUGCGACGCGGCGAUACAAACUGAAACACCGGACCCUUUUCGUGGGUGUGGCUGAGACGAUUCAUCUUGAUGCCAACGUGACUCUCAAGGCAGGAACAACCGGGUAUUUCUCCCUGGAUAAUUGCCUUACACCAGUCGGGGAGACAUACUCCAUGAAUGCAACUGCCCUGUACGGCGUUGCGUUUUCUACUGCGGGUAGACAUGUGCUGUGUGUGAAGACACCGGGCACGGAACAUCCUGUGAAUCGCCCCUAUUCGAACGUUGGGAAUGUCAUGGUAUACGGUCCUGCGGAGUUGUCGCCGGCUUCCAUUGUAAAAGGUGUCAGUACACCCGUCAAGGUGUCCGCCGUACCGCCUGAGGCGCCCAUAGUGUUCAGUGAAAGUGAGAGCUGCACACCAUCCAUUUCUGAGGUAAAUGCAACGGCUGAAGGGGAGGCGUCCGUGACGGUGAUGCGCAACACAGUUGGCAAGGUGUACGUAUGUGUUGGUUACCAUGACAGUGAUGGGGGUGCCUGGAAAGUGAGGGUAUCGGGUAUGUUAGCUGUUUCCGAUGUGGAGGUAUUCCCCAGGACCGUGUUCGUUGGCGUAAGCAAUCGAGUCAAUUUUAUUGUACCUGAUAAGACCUCCCUCAAAGGUCUGAAGGUGCUUUUUAAGGAAACGAGUGAUGUGAACUGUGGCGAAAUUGUGGAUGAUGGUACUGCCGUUGCUAUUAGAAUUACUGAAGUGGGUCCGGCGUAUGUGGUCUACACAGCUGUUGGUAUGAAGAAAUGGAAGGUAUGCCUGUGGAAGGGGAAUGGAUACGAAGAUGUAGGUUUAAUUCAGUCACAGCAGCAGCUAGAGCUUGUGCCGGAUUCACCUAUUGGCGUUGUUGGUCUUCCCCUCAGCAUGAGGUUUCGAGGAGAGGCGCUGACUGCGCUGCAGCCAACACGCUUUCUUGUGAGCGAGAGCAUUGAGUCGUGCCAAAGUGCCCCCGGUGGUGGCAUUAGGGUGUACGGUGAGGGUUGGGUUGACCCCAUAAGUGGGAGUGCAGAACCUUUUGUGGUUCAGAAGGCUGGCGAACUGCAUGUUUGCGUGGGGUGGGGUGAUACCAAUGAAUCGUAUUACUUGUACGGAGGGAAGGUAAGUGCUGAGGAUUUUGCUGUGGAUUCUCUGUACGCUGUCCGUAGGUCAACGAAUAAUUUUGUGGCAAGACCGCUGCUUAAGAAGGCAUCUUUGUUCCUCGUGCGCUGUGUCAACGCCGCUUCCUGCAAAGUCCCACUGAAUGCAAGGAUUUGUGAGGAGGCGACUGAGCGCUACUACACUGGGCCAACUACUCCCUUGGAGGAUGUUCUACUAGGCGAAUAUGCAUUGUGUCAGCAGGAUGAGCGGCGUUUGGGAGUUGCUGUUGGUCAGAAGCCCCUUAAGGUGAUUAACCCGUUUACGGCGUCCUUUAAUGUGUCACUCGUACGGAAGCACACACCUCUUCGCUUGACCCUUGAUGGGGGUAGCUUGCAUAUAGGGGCGUCGAAUCUCACCGUUUACAUUGUCCCCCCAGAGCUUAACUGCACAGAGGCGAAUGCUUCGUAUGACAGUUUUCCCUUUGCUUCCGGCGAACACAGUAAGGAUGUUACCAUUGUGAAGACGCCAGCUGUGGCGAAGGGUGCCAGGGUGUGUGUCGGUAUUUCUGCGUAUGAUAAGUUGCCUGCAUCUACUUUCAAUAUUUUUCACUACAUGACUCCUGCGACGAUUAUUGCAGGUCGCAGUGUGACCGUGGAGUCCAGUGGCAUUCAAAGUGGGAGGGUGAGGAUCUCCACCUUAGAAGCGUGUACUGACAGUAUCUUGAGUGAGUACGACACGGUCAUAGCCAACUCUAUGUCAACGCUGCAUGUGGAUAAGUGCAAAUACCGGAACCGUGAUCUGACAGAUGUGUACUAUUGUGAGCGUGGGGAAAGCGGUGGGUAUGUUAUGCGUGGGACUAUGCAACUGAUUCACUUAGAUGAAUGCCCCGGUGGAAAGCAGCCUGCGGUACGGCCGGUGACGGCGCUUCCAGCGAAACAAGUAACCGACUAUGGCAUUGACAAGGCGAUCCUUACCAGUCCCUUUCUUUCCACAAGGAGUGACUGCAAUGGAGUACUUAGUCAGAGCAGAGCCACAAUGACGCCACGGUACAAUCGGAAUCUUACGUUUUAUGUGUGUACACACACAAUAAGGGAUCCUGGGUAUGUCUUCACAACAGAUGGCCCGACGCUUUCAGUGGAAAACUUCCGUGUUGUGAACCCUAGCAUUCAUGGACGUGUGGAUAGCGACAGCGAGGUGCUAGGGCCUGCGAACUUAGUGAUGAACUACGCUACCCGAACACCGGACACGUACCUAAGCGAUUGCGCGGUGUGUGGCGAGAAGAUUGUGGCGGCCCCCGGUCUUGCAGAGACCCCAGUUGAGGAGGCGGUUACGCUAAUAGGUAUCUCAGGCGUGAAAUGUGUAUGUGUAUUGGGGGAACAACCCACCUCGCCUCCAAUACCAGUAGCGGAGGUUCUCAUCAUAACUCCGCCCAUCGUGAAGAAGAUCGAUCCUGCGGCGGUUCCCACUGCUCGGUUUCACGCAAAACUGCAGACACCUGUGGUCUCUGGAGCAAAGCCAUUGUACUCGUUAGUGCCCGGGGAAGACGCAGAGAACCCACUUGCGUAUCUACACAACUCCGACUUUCGUGGCGUAUAUCUCUCCGAAAAUGCGUGCGCAACCACUCUGACGGGGAACUCUGUGGGUUACGUGCGGCCGAGCGGCAGCGUUGUACUGGGUCCGACCUUCAUUCCAGGGAGGUUGCCUUCCGUGUCGUUGUGCGUUGGGACCCCCGCCGGGAACCUCAGUGUUGUAUCGGAAGUGGAGGUUUCUACUGAUAUCAUCUUUCCGUCGUCAUUUGUUCUGGGGACGGAGGCAGAGGUGUACAUUCCUCUGUCGCCAAACUCAGCAUUUCGUCUGCGGCGAGAUGCUUCCUGUGGUGGUGAGGACGUGGUGCCAUUCUUUACGACUGACGAGGAGGCGCGUGGUAAUAUAUCGUUCAAGAACGUGAAUGCGGCCGGGUUACCAUCCGCGGGUGUGUGGACGCUCUGCCAGGAGGUUUUUGACGGCAGUGCGACGCGUCCCAAAAUUGUGAAAAUAAGCGCUAAUGGGAUAGCAGCACGUGUUGCUUCGGCAAAGCAGCUCCUCCCGAUUGCGCAGAUUGAGACAUUUGACCCUACGUAUUACAAUAUUCGUGGGAGAGACGUCCUUCUUGGUGUUCCUGGCGUUCUGUACUUGAUGGACGACCUGUAUGCUGAGAGCUUGCUUCCCGGUUUUAGCACAGACAGAAGUUGCCUGCGUCGAAAUGAAUCACAUGGAAGUUGGGCACUGGUGGGUGAUGAUGACGCGGCAAGCGCCCGCCGUGUUUCUGUUACCGCGCAAAAUGGUACGGACUCGAUAUAUUUCUGCGCUACCACUCCUGUCAACCGUUCAGUCGUCAGUGUCCCUUUGAGCUCUAGCCUCCGCUUCAUUCCACCCGUCAGUGUAUUUCCUUCGAUAGUGGAACCUUGUAAGGUGACACCACUCGAGUCGUGCCGUGCACCGGACUCUUCCCACCGCCAGACGGUUGUGCGUGUGAUCAAGGGUGACUGUUGCAACCCCACUGACAAGGGCGUCACCGUCGGGGAAGCCAGUGAGGGCUCAGAUGGCAAGUGUAAGUUGAGGAUGAACCACAACAAAAUUAGAGACUACCCCGCGGGCACGGAGUUCAGUGUUUGCGCAUGGGACCUCACAGACAAUACCUACUGCGUUACUUUGGGUAAUGUGAAGGCAAGUGGGGAUAUAUGUGGUGGGUCUGCUUGGGGUCCAUUGGGAAUGGGGGCGGUGAUUGCCAUUAUUGUGGCAGCUGUGUUGCUGUUUCUGCUGCUGUUGUUGCUUGCCGUGUGCUUUUUGCGACGAUGCUGCUCUAAGGAGAAGGAGGAGCGACAACUUGUCGUUGCAGAUAAGAUGCAGCUGGACAAUCUCGACAUGUCUUGUAUCAGUGGAACAUCUCCCGACCCCGAAUAUUUGGAAAGCGGUAACAACCCACUGCUUCUGGGGUUCUACUCUGGUGAUGGUUCCCCCAAUACCAAUACCACCGCGAGGACGAUGAUCGAUGGCAUGACAUCGGGUGUUGACGACUUUGCGUGGGGCGGUGACUUUCCUGGGAGGGCGGACUGGACUUCUGUCGAGGAGCAAGAGUGUGAUGAUCGUGAUCAGAUCGCAUUACAGGAGGCGAGGGACCGCUACAACAUGGCGCUUGUCUUUACAGACGGUAUUGAGCGUAUCCGCGUGGAUGCAAAGGAACUGGAACUACAAUUUGACUACAGUGGAGAAUUCAGCAUGUAUGAGGGUCCGACUGGCAGGGGUGUGAAUGUCAAUCCAAUACCUGUGACUGUACCGGCAGAUCACCCGGACCUGCUGAAUGCCAUUUAUAUGAGGCGUGCCUCACAGCGUCGGCGCUUGCAAUCGCAAACACGUGAGGAAAUCGAGGUUUCCGUUCAUGAUACCAUGUCAGAGAUGUCGACGGACGUUCAUGAUACGUCGCGGCUCACGAGUUAUGACAUGAUGAGUUACACCACUACACAGCACUUCUACGAGGAGUCGACGUUUAUGCUUGAAAGCGAGGCUGGGCGGCGUAUGCGGCUCGUGAACUGGGAGGAAGAGGAGUGGCAGGCGAUAGUUGAUGCCGAGUUUAGUGAUUAUGUCCGUUUGCAGCAGGCCAUGCGCUCGAUUCCUCUACCACUACCCCAAGCCGUUGUGCUUCCCUUCAACUCAACUGCGACUCGUGGCAGAGACACUAUAAAUUACAGCGGGCACACCCAUGUUGACGGUGAAGGAGUCACUGUGCUGCCUGUAUACGACACACCACCUUUUCAUAAUCCGCAUGCGGCAUCCGUCGACGAAGCGCAGGCGUAUCCCAAUCACGAUGAGGAAAGCAAUGUUUCUCUCUCAUGUGAUUCGUCGCACAACUAA